GCCGGGUUUGAACCCGCGACCUCCGGAUUGCAAGUCCCACGCUCUUAGCGCUAGAGCACCAGCGGUUAUCAUAUUUGAAUUAUUUUUUUGUUUGAAAAUAAUAAAUAAACAAAAUAUCCAAGAAAUUUGUUUUAAAACUUAUAUUUGUUACAUAAACUAUACAGAAAAAUAGUAAAUAAAUUUUGAAACGUACCAGUGAUCUAUCGAAAUGUGUUUUUAUAAAGUUCUAAAUGUCUGUUUCAAACUUUUUUCGCCGAUACCACAAAUGAACUAAAGAAUCCGUCAAUGUCAUUACGACAGUUGCAGUUAAAGCUGAAUUUUUAUUCGCAUCGAAAUAUCUGAUUUUAAAAGUUGUUAAAGGAUGGAACACACGAAGCAUGCGUGCAUGCUGGCUCAGUCUGCGGGAUAUGAGGACGAACUACACCCGACGGCCAACUGUUGGCAACGUAUAAGGAGUCGUAUCCGUAACCUCUUAUUGCCCUGCGACUGGCACUACGGCACACUCGUGUUCCUAAGAAGCCGCAAGAGCCUAGAGCUGGAGCGACAGCGGCAGAUCGCCUCGGGACACUGGUUCAUCUGGCACCCGUACAGCCCGGCAAAGUUUUACUUCGACUGCUUCCUGUGGGUGAUGAACGCUUUCGUCGGCCUUUAUGCGCCGUUGCAGGUGUUUUUUCAUUGUCCAAACCCAGCGAACCCUUUAAUCUUGGCAACAGACUUUUUGACAUUCUGCGAGAUCAUUGUCAACUUUUGUUCGGGCUACAAUGACGAGAACAACAAAGAAAUUGUACUCGAGCCCAGAAAGAUUGCACGGAACUACAUCAAAGGUCUUUUCAUCGUAGAUUUGAUCGCUGCCGUGCCGUGGCAACUUUACCAGCCUUUCAGUGACUGCCGGUAUCCCUCGCACACAGUUUUUUACCCAACGAAACUGCUCAGAUACAGAGCAUUGCUAAAGAUACGUGAAUCGAUUAUGGAACAGCUUGAAGUCCCCUAUUUCUGCACUGUCAUAUUUACGGUCAUCAUUAGACUCGUAUUUUUUUUUAAUUGGAUGACUUAUUGGCAGUAUCAAGUGCCAGUCAUCUGCGUACAUUACUAUGACCUUAAUAACUUAGGGAAGGCGGAGGCAGAGUGGCUAAAUCGUUUAAACGUCGAUCCUGGGGUGGACGCGUUUACCAAAUACAUCACUAACUUAUACCACGUAUGCGCGAGGUGCAUCGGCGCGGGUUAUGUGUUCCCAGUGCGGAACCACGUCAUACCGGAGAUGGUCCAAAAUUGCAUCACGGAAGUCAUCAGCCUCAUCUUCUUAAUAUAUUGUUUCAUGACCGUCCUCCGUUUAAUUUUGUGUUCGCAAUCAAAUUUCAUAUUUGACGGCGCAAUGAAGGAUUUAGAGAAAUACAUGAGCGUCAAACGCCUGCCGAAGAGUUUGCAGAAUAAAAUACGGUUGUUCAUAAAUUAUAAGUUUGGUGGCAGUUACAUGGACGAGAAUUAUAUCCUGAAUACUAUUAACCAACAUAUUAAGCAAGAUAUCAACAUGCAUACAUGCCGGCGACUUGUUGUAACUGUACCGCUGUUUAAAGGGUUUCCAAUUAUGCUCAUUAACACUAUCAUCUUUAGACUGAAGCAAGAAGUCUUUAUACCAGGACAGGAGGUGAUAAAACGUGGGCAUUUGGUUGAGAGCAUGUAUUUCAUUUAUUAUGGAACUGUGGUGUUUAUAGACGAACAUGGAAGAGAGAUACAACAUUUAAACGACGGAGCACAUUUCGGCGAGGCAGCGCUAUUGCGUCCCAACGAGCCCGCGCCGACGACGGUCACCGCGCUUGAGAUGAGCGAGAUAUACACUUUAACGAAUGCAGACUUUACUGCGUGCGUUCAGCUUUAUCCGCAGAUACAACAACGCCUGACGGAGAACCACCGCCGCUCCGUGUUGCGAAUCUUUCCCGGUCGACGAUAACAAUAAAUACCUUAUGAAUUAAAGUCAAGAUUUGUUUUCACAGCUUUUGAGUUUACUUAUACAUAAAGAUGACUCAUGUUUGCAUGGUUAUUCAAGGUACAAUAAAGUACGCAUUCAUAUAAUAAUAUUUAAUACAACUAUAAUACUAUAAGAGAAUUGACGAUAUUUCUGGUCCAGGCGGUUUGGACGCGCAGCAGCUCGCGCCGGGUCUCGCCACUGACGUAGCGCGGGCCGCCUGC